UCACAUAAAAACUGCCUACCGAACUGGAUGCGGGUCACUCGGUGAUGUCCUCUGUUCUGUUCUCGACUGUUCUUGGAGCUACAGACCCCCGCUUUCACACUGGACUCAGGUUUCUUCUACGUGAUGCGGAACUAAUAACCUAAACAGUGCCUUCAAAGGUUGGACUUUUGUUUAUGUGAGGCGAACUCCUUUGAGAACCCGUUUUACCGUCUUCUUAUCCAGGAACACCGUGCGCAUCUCUUCCAAUGGAAAAGGAUCUCCCCACGGUUCUCAAACAGCCUGCCAGGACCACGUAACAUUCGCUUGAGGAGCUCGUCCUGCAUCACCUCUCGACAAACAUGGACUGUUUUCCCAUGCUUUAUUUUCUGUCGAGACAUCAUGAUUCCUGGUAAUCGAAUGCUGAUGGUCAUUUUAUUAUGCCAAGUCCUACUGGGAGAAAGCAGCUAUGCUAGUCUGAUACCCGAGGAAGGGAAGAAGAAAGCGACGGCUCUUCACCUGGCUCAGAGUCAUGAGCUGCUGCGGGACUUUGAAGCCACGCUGCUGCACAUGUUUGGCCUGCAGAGGCGUCCCAGACCCAGCCACAGCGCCGUCAUACCACAGUAUCUGCUCGACCUCUACCGCCUGCAGUCAGGGGAGCUGGAGGAGGCCGGAGCGCAGCACGUCAGCUUCGACUAUCCCGAAAGAUCCACCAGUCGAGCCAACACCGUGAGAGGAUUCCAUCAUGAAGAGCCCCUUGAGGAUCUGCCAUCAGACGACUCCCAGGAGACUCCUCUGCGGUUCGUCUUCAAUCUCAGCAGCAUCCCAGAGGACGAACUCAUAUCCACCGCAGAGCUUCGCAUCUACAGGCAACAAAUAGAUGACGCCUUCUUAGACCCUGAUCAAACCGGAGACCACGGUUUGCAUCGGAUAAACAUAUAUGAGGUUUUGAAGGCGCCGCGGGCAGGACAGCUCAUCACGCAGCUCCUGGACACACGUUUGGUGCGGCACAACACCACUAAAUGGGAAAGUUUCGAUGUUAGCCCUGCAGUGCUACGCUGGACCCAGGAAAAACGCUCCAAUCACGGCCUUGCUGUGGAGAUUGUACAAAUAAAGCGAAGCCCGAGUCAAAAGGGACAACAUGUACGCGUAAGCCGCUCCGUGCAUCCUCUUCCGGAUGAAGAGUGGAACCAGCUUCGCCCCCUGCUGGUCACAUUCGGGCAUGACGGCAAAAGUCACCCGCUGACUCGGCGAACGAAACGCAGCCCUAAACAGAGAGGUCGAAAGCGUAACCGUAACUGCCGGAGACACGCGCUGUACGUGGAUUUCAGCGACGUAGGCUGGAACGACUGGAUCGUGGCGCCCCCUGGAUAUCAGGCGUAUUACUGUCACGGAGAGUGUCCCUUUCCAUUAGCCGAUCAUCUCAACUCCACAAAUCACGCGAUCGUACAGACGCUGGUGAACUCGGUGAACACCAAUAUCCCCAAAGCCUGCUGCGUGCCCACCGAGCUCAGCGCAAUCUCCAUGCUUUACCUGGACGAAACGGACAGGGUGGUGCUGAAAAACUAUCAGGAGAUGGUGGUCGAGGGAUGCGGCUGCCGCUAAACAGACCCACACGUGGACACUUAUUUAUAACUUGUGUUUGUGUCAUUUCUUGUCUGAUCGAUCAUAUAUUUUGACAAAAAGCAUAUAUAUAAAUAUAUAUUUAUAUCGGCAUAGUAUAAAAUAAAUCAAAUGAAAGUGUCCUUAUUUGAAUGAUAUAAUUCAGCUUUCCAUAAUGUAUAUCAGACUGUAUAAGGGUUUUUCUAUGAGCUAGAAUAAUUAGAAAGUCACUAAAAGUUUAUUUACUGCUAGUAUUUAUUUGUUUAAUACACUAUACGUUCGCCAAAAUAGAAACACAUAGCCAAGCGACCCCCUUAUUGAUCAGAAUACAUCUGUUUGUACUUAAAAUAGAGCACUGUGUGAAAUCCUGCUAUAUCAGUUCAAGGAAUCAGCUGUGUAUUGAUGUGCAUUACUGUUUUGCAUCAGCAUGUGAUUUACAUGUUCCCAAAAUACCUUUUUUUAUAUAUAUUAAUUGUGAAACAUUCCAACAGCGAUGUGAGAUUAAUAAAAAGUAAGAUGGUAUUUGUUUCUCGCUCACACACAAA